GCUUCCGGAGAGCUGCCGUGACCCCAAACCGCGGGGGCACUGCUGGGCAGAAGCCCUGGAGGGCUGAGACGGCGGUGCUGCUGCAGAGGGCUGCCGGGCUCUCGUGGCCAUGCCCACCACAGUGUCUGAUGGCAGACGGGAACGUCGGCAGCCGCGGCCGCUCGGCUCUCACGGGGCCCUGCUCCGCCCAGGGGCGGGCUCCGCGCUCUCCCGCCUCCGACGGGCCGCCGUCCCCCGCGGUUCCCGCCGCCGCCGCCGCCAUGCAGGAGCAGAAAGAGAACCGCCCGCAGGCCGCCCGGGACGAGGCGGCGGCUGCCCCCGCAGCCCUCCCGCCGGGUAGACAGCAUUGUGGGAUCAGUGAUCAAGAAACUAAUGGCAAAACAUCAGCUGCCAGUGCAAAUGACUUCAGUGAUCCAAUUUACAAAGAAAUCGCUAUAACCAAUGGUUGUAUCAACAGAAUGACCAGAGAAGAGCUCAGAAGUAAACUUGCAGAGUUCAAGCUUGAAACCAGAGGAGUGAAAGAUGUACUGAAAAAGAGAUUGAAAAACUAUUAUAAGAAACAGAAGCUGAUGCAGAAGGACCACAUUAGUGGAGACAGCUGCUAUGACUACAUCUGUGUCGUUGACUUUGAAGCAACUUGUGAAGAAGGAAAUCCACCUGAAUUUGUACAUGAAAUAAUUGAAUUUCCUGUUGUCUUAGUAAACACACGUACCCUGGAAAUAGAGGAUACCUUUCAGCAAUACGUGAAGCCAGAGAUUAAUCCCAAGCUUUCAGACUUCUGCAUCAGUCUGACAGGAAUAACACAGGACAUUGUUGAUAAAGCUGAUAUUUUUCCUCAAGUUCUGCAGAAUGUCAUAGAGUGGAUGAGACAGCGAGAACUGGGAACAAAGUACAGCUAUUCCCUGUUGACUGAUGGAUCUUGGGAUAUGAGUAAAUUUUUGAACAUCCAGUGCCGUAUUAGCCGUAUCAAAUACCCUUCUUUUGCCAAAAAGUGGAUCAAUAUUCGCAAAUCAUAUGGGAACUUCUACAAGGUUCCUAGAAACCAGACCAAGCUGACAAUCAUGCUUGAAAAUCUGGGCAUGAAUUAUGAUGGGAGACCUCACAGUGGACUUGAUGACUCUAAAAACAUUGCAAGGAUAGCUAUAAGGAUGCUGCAGGAUGGCUGUGACCUGCGGGUGAAUGAGAGAAUUCACGGUGGACAGCUGAUGACAGUCUCCUCCUCGGUCCCCUUAGAGGGAGCCCCUGCUCCACAGAUGCCCCGCUACAGAAACUAGCAGUUCAGGGCUCUGCCCCAUUUGCUGCCCUCAGAUACCUGCUAAAGACUCCAGAGCUUACUGAAUGGCCACCUCUGCCAGUUUGUCUGCCGUGCAGAAUCCUAAAGCACCUUAACUAAUCAUCUCUGUUGAAAUAAAGAGGAGCAUGGAAGCUGUUUGUUCUUUGAAGCCUAUUACAGCAAUUUCUUUUUGUACUGAUGAUUUCCAUUGUUGUUUCCAGCUUUGCUAGCAGUGAGGUUGAUAUCUGGAAUCCAGACGAAGUGUUAAGCUUUUAAGAACAUGUAAUUUGAACACCUGCUAAGAGGGAUUGUGCCUGUGUGCUGCUGUUCCACCCCAGCCUGUGGGCAGUGUUUGCUCACUGUGAUGUACUCCAAUGAUAUCUAGCAUCUGCUUAUUCAUUGCACACAAAUAAGCCAUUUCUGGAAGAACUGAAAGAGCAGUGGUUGGGCUGGCCCUUCCUGAUAAGGCACUCUGCUAAGGGUUCCUACCAAUUUUUUUGUUUUUUACAAAGUCUAGGAGAAAUGGGUGUGCAUUCAUCAGUUCUAAAGCAGUAGAGGAGUACUCUGUUGUUUGGGGUUCUUCUUUAAGGUAUGCAUUUGUCUGCUUCCCCAUCAAAUGGAAGAGCUGGGUGUUGAAUAAAAAUUUCAUUAAUAUAGUAUGAUGGUAUUUUUCUAACCUGUGUUUCAAAAGAGAAGGUUCUUUAGAGUUUCACUUUAAGAAUCCCAUCUCCUAUUCCUGCAAAGCUGCCCUUCAUUUAAUAUUUUUAGAUACCAUCAGCCAUUUACUCUUAAAAAUGAGUGAAGUAAAAGUAAGUUCAAAACAUGCCAAGUUGUCAAAAUUUCAUGCUCUAUGAUUAUUACCUAAAACAAAACAAGAAGCUUCUCAUUCAUGGCUAAAGAUGUGUUCAGCUAUUUUUGGUAUCUUCUUGUGCUCCUGCCACCAUGAAGUUAUGCCUUUAUUACAAAAUCUAGCAUUGGAAGAUUCAUAUAAUUUUAUUAUUAAAGGCCACAGUUAAUUACUAUCAACUUCUGCUUACUCCCUAGGCCUCAGAUAAGAUGAUAUUCAAAGAGGCCAAAGUACUAAUUUGCCUUGUCUCCAUGGGGUGUUACAAAGUGCACCAUUAAUGUGAUCAGCUUUGCAUUAGAAUGGUUGUUCUGAAAAGUGGAAUAAUGUAUUUUGGUUGCUCUCAGUUUGAAAAAAAAAAAAAAAGAAAUUUGUAUCCCUGUAUUACAAUUCACCCUUUUUACCACCUGCUUUCAGGACACAAAAUAACCAAUUAAUAAACUUUGUUAAGAACACUGACUGACUAAUCAACUCCCAGCCCCUCUUUGCUCUUCUGACUGUUAAACUGCAUCAAUGGAACUGUGAAAACUUCCAUUUUAAAUUCCUGCAGGAGGGAGAAGUAUUAGUCAAUUCUUAGUUGCUUCAUAUGAUUUCUUUCUGGAGUCACAGAUUUGGACAGUCAUAACUACUUCAGAGUUAUGUUUUUUGGUGGGUUUUUUUUUCCCUGGAAGUUUGGGGGUUUUUUUGUAUUUUUUUUUCCUGAAAGCAGAUAGUUGCUCUUUUGUAGAGAACUUUGUUGAACUUCACAGUUGUUUUUCUUUUUGUAGCCCUACUUGAUGGAUUUUCACAAGGUAAAAUACAAAUCUCUGAUAUACUUUCUCCUCAAAUGCCAUUUAUCUGUCAGCCCAUAUUUUGUACAAAUUCUUAUAUAUAUAUACUUUUCACUGUAGGGACUGUAGUAACCUCUUUUUCUGAAGUACCAUGGCAAUUUACUUUUUUUUGUGUCUGAGUUACUGUUGUGCAAGUUUCUGUGACAAAAUAGAGUCUAGUUCAGCAGAUCUCCCCUGGGCAUGGUGGCAGCCAGAGACUUUAUCACUAGUCUUUAUUUACAGGUCUGGAACCAGGCUCACAGUCAAAUGAGAAACUUUUUUUUUUUUUACAGAUUAUACUACAGGUUGCAUAAGAGCUGUUGUAAUUGUACAUCAUUUAUUUUAAGUACAGAGAUGUUUAUUUUUGCUAAGUAACUUCAAAAAGAUAUUUUGAGAUAAGGGUUAAAUCAUAACUGUUCUGUUUACUGUUUGAGUAGGUUGGGAUGUUUUCUAUCAGUGAGCUGCAGAAAUCCGUAGAAUCAUUCCAGAUACUAUUUUAAUUGUUGGAUUAAUGUCAAACAGUAAGGUGUAAGUAUUUUCACAGAAUAUUUGAUUCUGUGAUUUUGAGAUGAAGUGAAUUUUAACAAUGUUUGCUGAUUUGUUUGAAAUGUAAACAGACUUAUUAAAAUAAUUUCAUAUUUUUAAA